UUCACAUGCGGUGCUCUGUUAGCCUGCUCUAUAUUUUUUCCAUUCUGUUUCCUGAAAAUCUUUUCCAAAACACUUUACUGACCUUUUUUUUAUUAAUUACAAAUAUCCAUAUUUCUGUUCUGGUUUGUUUUCCUGCAGGCAGCAUCAUAAAAUCUUAAUCAAGUGAAAAUGGCCUUUAGCAAUUUGACAUCAAAGGCUGUACUACUGUAUGAUGAAUGGAUUAAAGAUGCCGAUCCAAGACUAGAAGGCUGGCCACUCAUGUCUUCACCUUUUCCAACAACCUUUAUCAUUGGAACCUACAUUUAUUUUGUCACUUCCUUGGGACCCAAACUCAUGGAAAAUAAAAAACCUUUCGAACUAAGGCAGAUAAUGGCAUUUUAUAAUUUUAGUGUGGUAGCCCUGUCUUUAUAUAUGACUUACGAAUUUCUUAUGUCAGGCUGGGCCACAGGGUACUCAUUCCGGUGUGAUAUCGUUGACUACUCGAGGUCACCUACAGCUCUAAGAAUGGUACGAACUUGUUGGCUUUACUACUUUUCCAAGUUCAUUGAAUUACUAGACACUAUAUUUUUUGUGCUGCGUAAGAAAAACAACCAAGUUACAUUCCUGCAUGUCUUUCAUCAUUCCAUCAUGCCAUGGACCUGGUGGUUUGGAGUCAAAUUUGCUGCAGGUGGUUUAGGAACAUUUCAUGCUUUGCUGAACUGUAUUGUCCAUGUUGUCAUGUACACUUAUUAUGGAAUCUGUUCUUUGGGACCAGCCUAUCAUAAAUAUUUGUGGUGGAAAAAAUACAUGACAACCAUACAACUUGUCCAGUUUAUUGUGAUUACAGGCCAUAUAGGACAAAUCUACAUCAUGGAUGAUUGUCCAUACCAGUAUCCAAUUUUCAUGUUUAUUAUAUGGCUAUAUGGCUCUACGUUUUUAGUCUUGUUUCUCCACUUCUGGUACCAUGCUUACACGAAGGGACAAAGACUACCAAAGAUGGCAAGAAAUGGGAUCAGCAAAGAUCAGUGAAACAAA